ACACCAGAACCAAUUUACAUGUUAUGAACUUGCAGACAAGCGCUUAAUGGAUAUGUAUCAUCAGCUUUUCUCACUUAUAAGGAAGUAAACUCUUAAUGCAUGUACAUUUUGAAAAGACGCAAGCAUCGCAAUGCCAAGACCUUCGCUUCUCACUCUGAUGUUGGCCAGUUCUCUGACCUCUGUAACUGGAGGUUAUAGUAUCAGGCUGGUGAAUGGUAAUAAUGACUGCUCUGGAAGAGUUGAGAUCCUUUAUAAUGGCCAGUGGGGGACAGUGUGUGAUGACGACUGGGACAUGAAUGAUGCUGCUGUGGUGUGCAGACAGUUGCGAUGUGGAAGAGCUGUGAGUGCAUAUAGCAGUGCUCAUUUUGGCCAGGGAAGUGGUCAGAUCUGGUUGGAUGAUGUAGGAUGUUCAGGAAGUGAAUCAUCGCUCACACAGUGCCCACAUCGUCCUAUUGGAACACAUAACUGUGGUCAUUCUGAAGAUGCAGGUGUCGUCUGCUCAGUGAACUUGCAACAGCCCAACAUUUCCCACAGUGCUCCUGAUGGACAGUUUGUCAUGGAGUCUAAGGGGCUAGUGAUCACCAGGGGCCACAGUUUCACUAUCAUCUGUUCCACUGAAUCUCAGUAUUCUGGAGGCUCUUUUCACCUGUUCAGAGGGUCAAACAUCACCAGGAGUGAGUCAGCUGUCAAUCACUCCUCCUCCUUCUCCUUUCCUGAGGCAGAUUAUUCACAUGAGGGAACAUACAGUUGUGUUUAUGAAGUCAGUGUCUCCUCACGCUCCUUCCGUUCAUCUGCCUCUGAACUGCUGCUCAUCACUAUCACAGAUCUGAGAUUGGUCAAUGGUUCUGAAUUAUGCUGUGGAAGAGUGGAGAUCCGUUAUAAUGGCCAGUGGGGAACCGUGUGUGAUGAUAACUGGGACAUGAAUGAUGCUGCUGUGGUGUGCAGACAGUUACAGUGUGGAUCCGCCAUCAGUGCACCUCGAAGUGCCGCUUUUGGUCAAGGCAGUGGAUCAGUCUGGCUGGAUGAUGUUGGAUGCUCAGGAAGUGAAAGAACCCUCACACAAUGUUCACACAGUGGAUUAGGAAGACAUAACUGUAAUCAUGGUAAAGAUGCUGGUGUUGUUUGUUUAGGUGAGCUGCAGAUGCCGACCCUUUCCCUGACCUCCACACAUGCAGUUGUUUCUCAUGGAGAAAAUAUCCAGUUCAGAUGCACAAUACCUAAACCAAGAUGCAAUGUUAAUGCUGAAUUCCAGCUCUUCGGAAAUGGUUUUUCUGUAUCCUCCCAGACACAUGUAUCUAGUGUGACUUUCAACCAUAAAUUAGACGUUUCACAUCAAGGCAGCUACAGCUGUCAAUACUCCUACCAAAACAACAUCAAGUCACCUUAUAGCAACACUGUUAAUAUCACUGUGGUGAACUUGCAGCGACCCAGCAUUUCCCACAGUGCUCCUGAUGGACAGUUUGUUGUGGGGUCUCAGGGGCCAGUGAUCACCAGGGGCCACAGUUUCACUAUCAUCUGUUCCACUGAAUCUCAGUAUCCUGGAGGCUCUUUUCACCUGUUCAGAGGCCCAAACAUCACCAGGAGUGAGUCAGCUGUCAAUCAUUCCUCCUCCUUCUCCUUUCCUGAGGCAGAUUAUUCACAUGAGGGAACAUACAGUUGUGUUUAUGAAGUCAGUGUCUCCUCACGCUCCUUCCGUUCAUCUGCCUCUAAACUGCUGCUCAUCACUAUCACAGAUCUGAGAUUGGUCAAUAGUUCUGAAUUAUGCUGUGGAAGAGUGGAGAUCCGUUUUAAAGGCCAGUGGGGAACCGUGUGUGAUGAUAACUGGGACAUGAAUGAUGCUGCUGUGGUGUGCAGACAGUUACAGUGUGGAUCAGCCAUCAGUGCACCUCAUAGUGCCGCUUUUGGUCAAGGCAGUGGAUCGAUCUGGCUGGAUGAUGUUGGAUGCUCAGGAAGUGAAGGAACCCUUACACAAUGUUCACACAGUGGAUUAGGAAAACAUGACUGUAAUCAUGGUGAAGAUGCUGGUGUUGUUUGUUUGGUACAGCACUCUCAGUUUGAAAGACAGCAGAAUUCAUCUGUUGUGCAGCGCAUCUUUUUCCAGAAAGGACAAGUAGCCCAGAUGAACUUGGAAAAGAAAAAGUCUCAGCGCUUUGUUUACGGUGAUGUGGGCGGUUACGUUUGGCGCGCGCCCUCACGUGGCGAUUACACUAUGAAAAGCGAAAGCAUCUCGUGA